AGCUAAAGAAUCAAGCCCAAGUGCGGCGGGGAGGGGCGCCCUCGUUCGGGGAGGUUUAGGCCUCGGGCCUAUGUUCCCGCCUUCCCAGGCCUCCUCUUUACCUACCUCAGUCCGGCCAGAGCAGCCCUCCCGGCUCAUUCUGCCAGCUGCGUCGCUCCUCUCCGGGCUAAGCUGCCGGGCCGCCCCCAGCGGAGCUCGAGAAUUUGCUUCCUUUCCCGUCUGGGCCUACAAAAGAGCGACGCCCGGAGGGGAGGCGAGCGUGGUUGCUGUUGCCUGCCUCCGUCUCUUUCCUCCUCAGUGCCAGGCCGAGCGCGCUCCUGUGAGGAGCUGAGGAGUCUCUCUCGCUAGAAAGAGCAGAGCUAUAACCGUAUAGUGGCGGCAUCAGGAAAAAAUGUCGGAGGGGGACACAGAAGGGGCAAAGUAUAUUUCUAGGUGUUUAAAACAAAGUGUUAGCUAAGAAUUUAUUGUAAGAAGGAUACGUCUCUAACUAGUACGUUUGAAGCAACCCAGAAACAACUGAAGCCAAGAAGGCGUUUGUUCAUCAUGAAUCCAAGACAGAUUGACAAGAUUGUGAGGGCACAGAAUGAUUCUAUCUAUAAUAUGAGCCAUGCUAAACAAAUACCAGAGUUGCCACCUUUGCCUGGCUUGGCUGCAGCAGACCCCUCUGAACUCUAUCAGAUGAUCCAAAAGAGCAGCCAUUACCCUUUUCUGAUGCAAAGAGCAUCCUGGAUGUUGGCAGCUCCAUUUAAAGAGCAGCGUCAUUUUCGAAGCCCAAGCAACUCCAUCGCCAAUAAUUAUACCCUCACUGCACAGGACUUGAAGAUGAAAGAUCUACAGAAGAUAGGUUCAACCGUCAGGGCAAAGAAGGCUUUUGGGAUCACAAAACAGAGAACUGAAUCUCCAUCUCCAAAAGAGUAUGCUCCUUCCGAAAAGAAGGUGAAACUUUCACCAGGAAGUGUUGGUGGUGAAACUGACAGAGCUGCAGCAGCAGACCAAAUAUGCAGUUUGGAAUUGCUGCUGACAACAGAUAGGCAACUGUCAAUAGAUAGACAACCUUCAGAAACAGGAGUUCUCCACUAUUCUGACAACCAGCCUCUAACCCCAGAAGAACAGUUAGUUGUGAUGCUCAGGCAUGAGGAGGAAAUAAACAAAGAAGAAAAUCUACCCACAGAGACUGAUCUGCAGCGAUACUGUUAUUACAUUCAUAAAGGCAUCCGGAAAGACAUGCUAGCACCACAGGACAAAGAAGUGAUGGACAAAGUUUUAAUGCAUAUUCCAACUCAUUUUCUCGUCAACCCAAAUCUGGAGAAGUUAUUGAGUAGUUUAACCGAAGAGAUUCAAGAUGAUUAUCAUAUCUGGCUUAUGAAAGAUAUUGUUGAUUACAUCCUGAUGGAUCCAGAUGAGAGAAAAAGACUCUUUGUACACAGCAUCCCACGGCCUUUCCCUCGAAGAGUGAUCCGUGCACCAGUCCCCUGGCACGCCAUCUACCAAGAAGUGAGAAGCUGGAAUGAAGGUCACCUCUUCACGGUGAAUCCAAUGAUGCUUACUUUGCAACAUCUCUGGUUCACAGAGUUUUGUGAACUGAGGUUUGUUCGUACCAAGGAAAUCCUUGGGGGCGAUUUGCCACUGCUGCCCAACGAAUUUGAAGACUUGAUCCGAACACACUGUCAAGAAGCUCAUGAUAUCCUUGAGAACAGGUGGAUUCCCAAAUGUGCAGACCUCUUUGUUGAUCAGAAGCAAAACUGGCUUCAUCUUGCCCCCCAGAAUGACUUUGACUCCUCUCAACCAAUAGAAGAAUAUUUUGCUUCGGUAGCAAUCCUCAUGUCAUUACAGCUACGAGAGAUGGUCAUUAAUUCAUUAGAAGAUCUCCUUUCCUUUUUUAAGAUACACAAGAAUGGAAAUGAUUUUGGAGAAACUUACCAUGAGAUGCAGUUCUUCGUACCGCAAAUUCUGGUAAUCAAGCUGGAUGUGGAGGAACCUGCUAUUGUAUUUGAACCGGAUAUGAGAGCUUGUUGGGAUUUAAUCUACCGCUGCUUCAUGGAGAUCCUGAAGAAUUCUGAGGGACUUCCAAAGGUACAAGUUAAACUUUUCCCAGAAUUAAAAGGGGAUGACCUGAUUCUUCGAACCGUUCAAGAAGAUGAAUCUUUAGUUUCAGAAUAUGUGAACAAAACUGCUGAGAUAUUUGAUCGCAAUCUUGUUGGUCCACAGAAAUACUUAAACGUGUACAAGAAGUACAACGAUCUCUUGAAUAACAAUGCUGAAAAAGACGUGACUGAGUUUUUAAGCAAAAUACACGAUCUGGAUGAUUUUGUGGAGAAGAUUGAUGGUUUAACAAAACUGAAAAAAGAAAUUGCGUCUAUGCAUGUCACCGUCCCACUGGCCUUGUUCUGCCUUGAUGCGUUAAAGCUGAAUGAGGAGCUUUGCUGUCGGACUCAAAAGCUGAAAAACAGGCUGAUUGAGUUUCAAGUAGAAGAAAACAGGGAGGUAAACCAGAGCAUUUGCAAUCAGUACAACAUCAUUGCAGACAAAGUCAGUGAUGUGCCUUUAACGACUGAGGAGCUUGUUGAGACUACAGCCUAUCUGAAAAAAUCCAGUGAAGUGACUGUUUUUAAGCUACGUCGUGAAAUCCGGGAGGCUAUCUACAGACUAGAAUUCCUCAUGGACUAUGCCGAUCUUCCUUCUGAUGAUAUAAAACUGAACAGCACUGUUCUCCAUUGGCCCGACGAGAUUGAGAUCAUCUUUGAAACCAGUAGGAACCAGCUGAUGAACCGAAGGGACCACGUGGAGCUCGCUCUCAUCAAAAGGUGCUCUGAAUUUGAGGCUAUUCUAGAAGGUUAUAACAAAGAAGUUGAAAGUUUCCGAAAGAAGGACGUCAUGACCAUGGAAGAAAUGAAGAAUAAUGUUGAAAAAUUUAAUGAGUUGUCUAAGAAUUUGGACGCAGCUCUAGCUGAAUAUGAAGCUAUUAAUAAAGAAGAGGAGCUGCUGGAGCGAGAGAAAAGCCAGUUUCCUCUACUGCAGAAUAUCAUUGUACACAAACAGCCCUUUGAACAGCUUUGGGUGACUGCUUAUAACUUCCAUACAAAAUCUGAGGAAUGGAUGAAUGGACCUCUCCUUCAGUUGAAUGCUGAAGAAAUCAGUGAGGAUGUCUCCAGCAUGUGGCGGACCAUGUACAAACUGACAAAGUCCUUUAUAGAGCUCCCUGGACCGAAGCGUUUAGCGGAGAAUGUGAAAUUUAAAAUCGACAAGUUCAAGCAGCAUCUUCCUGUGCUCUCUAUCGCCUGCAAUCGUGGGAUGAAGGACAGGCACUGGGAGCAGAUCAGUGAAAUAGUUGGAUAUGAGAUAAGACCUGAUGAAACUACUUCACUCAUGAACAUGCUAGAAUAUGGUCUCUCAAAAUACAUUGAUAAACUAGAGCCUAUUGGAGCAGCGGCAAGCAAGGAGUACUCUUUAGAGAAAAACAUGGAGAAAAUGAAAUCUGAAUGGGCCAAUAUCUGCUUCACUUUUGUAAAAUACAGGGACACAGACACCAGCAUUCUGUCAGCAAUCGAUGACAUCCAGCUUUUGCUUGACGAUCACAUUGUCAAGACCCAGACCAUGUGCGGUUCUCCAUUCAUCAAACCGAUAGAGACUGAAUGUCGGAGGUGGGAAGAGAAGCUUGUUCUGAUGCAGGAGAUUUUAGACAACUGGUUAAAAUGCCAGGCAACAUGGCUUUACCUGGAACCCAUCUUCAGCUCUGAAGACAUCAUUGCUCAAAUGCCAGAGGAGGGUAGAAAGUUUGGAAUAGUGGACACUUACUGGAAGGACAUCAUGGUGCAAGCAGUAAAAGACACCAGAGUCCUGAUGGCCACUGAACAGCCAAAGAUGUUGGACAGACUUCGGGAAGCAAAUAUACUUUUGGAAGAUAUACAGAAGGGCUUGAAUACUUAUUUGGAAAAGAAACGGUUAUUUUUUCCAAGAUUCUUCUUCCUUUCUAAUGAUGAGUUGCUGGAGAUUUUGUCUGAAACCAAAGAUCCUCUCCGAGUACAGCCACACUUGAAGAAGUGCUUUGAGGGAAUUGCAAAACUAGAGUUUACGGACGACAUGGAAAUUAUAGGCAUGAUCAGUUCAGAAAAGGAAGUUGUUCCUUUUAUAAAGAAAAUCUACCCAGCACACGCCAAAGGCAUGGUUGAGAAAUGGCUGUCUCAAGUAGAAGAAAUGAUGUUAGCCAGUAUCCAAAAAGUCAUAGAAAGGGGGAUUGCAGGAUAUGAUGAGGUUCCCCGGAAUAAGUGGGUGCUGCAGUGGCCUGGACAAAUUGUUAUCUGCGUAUCGUCAAUCUUCUGGACAAAAGAAGUAUCAGAAGCCAUCAAGGAAAAUACUUUACCUGCUUUUUUGGAGAAAAGCAACAAACAGAUUGGAGAAAUUGUUGAACUGGUGAGAGGAAAGCUGUCCAGUGGGGCCCGGCUGACUCUGGGGGCCCUCACAGUCAUCGAUGUGCAUGCACGUGAUGUCGUUGCAAAUCUGGCUGAAGACAAAAUUUCAGAUCUGAAUGAUUUCCAGUGGAUUUCUCAGCUGAGAUAUUACUGGGAACAGGGAGAAGUAAUAGUCCGAAUGAUUACAACUGAAGCCAGAUAUGGCUAUGAGUACUUGGGCAAUUCCCUGCGUUUGGUGAUAACUCCACUGACUGACCGAUGCUAUAGAACAUUAAUGGGAGCUCUGAAAUUAAACCUGGGAGGUGCUCCAGAAGGACCUGCAGGGACUGGCAAAACUGAAACCACUAAAGAUCUAGCGAAAGCACUGGCUAAGCAGUGUGUGGUCUUCAAUUGCUCUGACGGUCUUGAUUACAAAGCCAUGGGCAAAUUCUUUAAAGGACUGGCACAGGCUGGAGCUUGGGCCUGCUUUGAUGAGUUCAACAGAAUUGAGGUUGAAGUGCUCUCUGUAGUGGCGCAGCAGAUCCUCAGUAUCCAACAGGCUAUUAUUCGAAAGCUGAGAACGUUUAUCUUUGAAGGCACAGAAAUUUCACUUAAUCCAACCUGUGCAGUAUUCAUCACUAUGAAUCCUGGAUAUGCUGGUCGGGCAGAACUUCCUGAUAACUUGAAGGCUUUAUUCCGUACUGUAGCCAUGAUGGUCCCAGAUUAUGCUUUGAUUGGGGAAAUUUCACUUUAUUCAAUGGGAUUUCUUGACUCCAGAAGCCUUGCCCAGAAAAUUGUUGCCACCUAUCGUCUUUGCUCUGAACAGUUAUCAUCGCAACAUCAUUAUGACUAUGGGAUGCGUGCAGUGAAAUCAGUCCUGACAGCCGCAGGGAACUUAAAACUAAAGUACCCAGAUGAAAACGAAAGUGUAUUGUUGCUUAGGGCUCUGCUGGAUGUCAACUUAGCUAAAUUCUUGGCACAAGAUGUUCCUCUGUUUCAGGGAAUCAUAUCUGAUUUAUUUCCUGGUGUUGUUCUUCCACAACCGGAUUAUGAGCUCUUCAUUCAGGCACUGAACAGCAAUAUCCAAAAAAUGAAUCUACAGCCAGUUCCAUGGUUUAUUGGGAAAAUUAUUCAGAUUUAUGAAAUGAUGAUGGUUCGUCACGGCUAUAUGAUUGUCGGGGAACCGAUGGGAGGAAAAACCUGCGCCUACAAAGUGCUUGCUGCAGCUCUUGGGGAUUUGAGCCAAGAAACAUCAAUGGAGGAAUCUGCAGUUGAAUACAGAAUUAUUAAUCCCAAAGCUAUCACCAUGGGGCAGUUGUAUGGGUGUUUUGACCCCGUGAGCCACGAAUGGACUGAUGGCAUUCUUGCAAACACCUUUAGAGAACAAGCUUGCUCUACCACAGAGGACAGGAAGUGGAUUAUCUUUGAUGGUCCAGUAGAUGCUGUUUGGAUAGAGAACAUGAACACAGUGCUAGACGACAACAAAAAGCUGUGCUUAAUGAGUGGUGAAAUCAUUCAGAUGAGUUCAAAAAUGAGCCUAAUCUUUGAGCCAGAAGAUCUGGAACAAGCAUCUCCAGCAACUGUCAGCAGGUGUGGCAUGAUCUACAUGGAACCUCAUCAGUUAGGCUGGAAGCCUCUGAAGGAUUCUUACAUGAAUACAUUGCCUCCAAACUUGCAAGAUGUACACAGAGAACUGAUUGAUGACUUGUUUAUGUGGCUACUUCAUCCUUGUUUGGAAUUCAUUCGCCAUCAUUGCAGGGUCAUAGUCCAGACAUCGCCCAUCCAUCUCAGCCAUACCAUGAUGACACUGUUCACGACUUUGCUCGAUGAAAUAAGGAGUUCCAAUGAAGAAGAGACAGAGACCAUGUCCAGCCAGCAGAUCACCCUGUGGCUGCAGGGACUGUUCCUUUUUGCCUUGGUUUGGACCAUUGGUGGCACCAUCAAUGCAGAGGGCAGGAAAAAAUUUGACCAUUUUUACCGUGAACUUUUGAUGGGAAUAGAUGAUAGACACCCACGUCCCAAAAGUGUGAAGCUAACCAAAAACAAUAUAUUUCCAGACAGAGGGAGUGUGUACGACUUUUAUUUUCAUAAGCAAGCCGGUGGACAGUGGAACAUGUGGACAGAAUACAUAACGAAGGAAGAGCAAACAAUCUCUCCUGGCACAAAGGUCUCAGAGCUUAUCGUCCCAACCAUGGAAACAGCCAGGCAGACUUUUUUCCUAAAAACAUAUGUGGAGCAUGAAGUUCCAAUGCUGUUCGUGGGACCCACCGGCACAGGGAAAUCAGCAAUCACCAACAGCUUUCUGAUCCACCUUCCAAAGACAAAGUACACCCCCAACUUCAUCAAUUUCUCUGCCAGAACCACAGCAAAUCAGACCCAGGAUAUUAUUAUGUCAAAACUGGACAGGAGGAGAAAGGGGCUUUUUGGCCCCACAGCAGGGAAGAAGGCCAUUGUGUUUGUGGAUGAUUUAAACAUGCCAGCCAAGGAGGUGUAUGGAGCCCAGCCACCUAUAGAACUCCUUAGACAGUGGAUUGAUCAUGGCCACUGGUAUGACAAGAAAGACACAUCAAGACUCGAUAUUGUUGAUGUUCUGUUUCUUUCAGCAAUGGGACCACCAGGUGGUGGAAGGAAUGAUAUUACAGGGCGUUUCACGCGACACUUGAACCUUGUUUCCAUCAGUGCUUUUGAUGAUGAGAUUUUAAACAAGAUUUUCACUUCCAUUGUUGACUGGCACUUCAGCAAAGGGUUUGAGGCAUCAUUCUUAAGGCUUGGCAAAAUGCUGGUCCAUGCUACCAUGAACAUUUACAAAAUGGCUGUGGAAAAUUUCCUCCCGACUCCUUCAAAAUCUCACUACAUCUUUAACCUGCGUGAUUUCUCCCGGGUGAUCAGAGGAGUGCUGUUGUGCCCUCAUACCCAUUUGCAGGAUGGAGAGAAACUGAUAAGGCUUUGGAUUCAUGAAGUUUAUCGCGUCUUCUAUGACCGGUUAAUAGAUGCAGAAGACAGGGAGGUGUUUUUUAACAUGGUGAAAGAAACAACUUCUGACUGCUUCAAACAAAGCGUUGAUAAGGUACUAAGCCAUUUGUCACGUACUGGAAAGAUCAACGAUGAAAACAUCCGGAGCCUUUUCUUUGGAGACUACUUUAAGCCGUCAAGCGAUACAAAAAUCUAUGAUGAGAUCACAGACUUGAAGAAUCUGACGUCUGUCAUGGAAUACUAUCUGGAAGAGUUCAACAACAUCAGCAAGGCACCCAUGUCUUUGGUGAUGUUUAAAUUUGCCAUUGAGCACAUCUCUAGGAUAUGCAGAGUACUGAAGCAGGACAAUGGCCAUUUGUUGCUGGUGGGGAUUGGUGGAAGUGGCCGGCAGAGCACGACUAAGCUGGGCACUUUCAUGAACUCCUAUGAGCUUUUCAUGAUUGAAAUAACAAAGUUCUACACCACCAAUGACUGGAGAGAGGACAUCAAGAAAGUCAUGCUGCAAUCAGGAGUGGCGAACAAGAGCACCGUGUUCUUGUUUUGUGAUAACCAGAUAAAGGACGAGUCCUUUGUAGAGGAUAUUAACAUGCUGUUGAACACGGGUGAUGUGCCUAACAUCUUCGCAGCAGAUGAGAAGGCUGACAUUGUUGAAAAAAUGCAGGGUGCGGCAAGAACUGAAGGCAAGAGAAUCGAAGCCACUCCACUAGCCAUGUACAACUAUUUUACUGAGCGCUUGAAGAAAAAUCUACAUAUAGUUUUGGCAAUGAGUCCAAUUGGAGAUGCGUUCCGGAAUCGCUUACGAAUGUUUCCUUCGCUGAUCAAUUGCUGCACUAUCGAUUGGUUCCAAAGAUGGCCCAAGGAUGCUUUGGAAAUGGUUGCGAAUAAAUUCUUGGAGGACGUGAAGCUGGAAGAUGAAAUCAGAAAAUCGGUUGUGUCCAUGUGCAAAUAUUUCCAAGAAAGUGUGAGAGAACUCUCUGUCAGCUAUUACAGCACUCUUCUAAGACACAAUUAUGUAACACCAACAUCUUACCUGGAAUUGAUUCUGACUUUUAAGACAUUACUGAAUAGUAAAAGGCAAGAAGUUGAUAUGAUGAGAAAUCGUUACCUUGUGGGCCUUCAAAAGCUUGAUUUUGCAGCUUCACAAGUUGCAGUGAUGCAAAAGGAGCUGACAGCUCUUCAACCCGAACUGAUUCAAACCUCUGCAGAAACGGAGAAAAUGAUGAUCCAUAUAGAAAAAGAAACAGUUGAAGUGGAUGCCAAAAAGGAACUGGUGGCUGCAGACGAGAAGGAAGCCAAUCAAGCUGCAGCUAUUGCACAGGGAAUUAAGGAAGAAUGUGAGGGGGACCUUGCGGAGGCUAUGCCAGCUCUAGAAGCUGCCCUUGCAGCUCUCGAUACCCUGAAUCCUUCGGAUAUCUCCCUUGUCAAAUCCAUGCAGAAUCCACCGGGGCCUGUCAAGCUGGUCAUGGAGAGCAUUUGUGUCAUGAAAGGAAUAAAACCAGAAAGAAAGCCUGAUCCAAGUGGAAGUGGUAAAAUGAUAGAAGACUAUUGGGGUAGUUCCAAAAAGGUUCUAGGAGAUCUGAAAUUCCUUGAGGGCUUAAAGACUUAUGAUAAAGAUAAUAUUCCUCCAGCUGUAAUGAAGAGAAUCAGAGAGAAGUUUAUCAACCAUCCAGACUUCCAGCCGGCUGUCAUUAAAAAUGUGUCUUCAGCCUGUGAAGGCUUAUGCAAAUGGGUGAGGGCCAUGGAGGUGUACGAUCGCGUCGCAAAGGUGGUUGCACCCAAACGUGAACGACUCAGGGAGGCUGAAGGUUUGCUCGACAUUCAAAUGCAGAAGCUCAAUACAAAGCGGGCAGAACUUAAGAACGUGAUGGACCGCCUCCAAGAUUUGAAUGAUGAGUUUGAAGAGAUGAAUAACCGGAAGAAAGAACUCGAGACCAAUAUAAAUAUAUGUUCCCAGAAGCUGAUUCGGGCUGAAAAGCUGAUCAGUGGCUUGGGAGGAGAGAAGGAGAGAUGGACGGAGGCAGCGCGUUUGCUUGGAAUCCGCUACACUGAUCUUACCGGGGAUGUCUUGCUGUCUUCAGGUACAGUGGCUUAUCUGGGAGCCUUUACCGUCGAUUACCGUACUGAAUGUCAGAAGAAAUGGCUGGUCUUGUGCAAAGAAGAGAAGGUCCCAUGCUCUACUGAUUUCAGCCUGAGUAACACUUUAGGGGAUCCAGUUAAGAUCCGUGCCUGGCAGAUUGCAGGAUUGCCAGUUGAUUCCUUUUCUGUUGACAAUGGCAUCAUUGUUUCCAACUCAAGGCGAUGGGCUUUAAUGAUUGAUCCUCAAGGGCAAGCCAACAAGUGGGUUAAAAACAUGGAAAAGGGCAAUAAGCUUUCUGUCAUCAAAUUGUCCGACACAAACUACGUAAGGUCAUUGGAGAAUGCUAUCCAGUUUGGGACCCCAGUCUUGCUUGAAAAUAUCGGUGAGGAAUUGGAUGCUUUUUUGGAGCCCGUGUUGCUAAAGACAACUUUCAAACAGCAAGGUGUGGAAUACAUGAGAUUGGGAGAGAAUAUUAUUGAGUACUCAAGAGAUUUCAGGCUUUACAUAACAACACGUUUAAGGAAUCCUCAUUAUCUUCCUGAAGUGGCUGUGAAAGUUUGUCUGCUUAAUUUCAUGAUCACACCUCUAGGGCUUCAAGACCAGCUUCUUGGGAUCGUAGCUGCAAAGGAAAAACCUGAGCUGGAAGAGAAGAAGAACAAGCUGAUUGUCGAGAGUGCAGCUAACAAGAAGCAGCUGAAGGAGAUUGAAGACAAAAUCCUGGAAGUUCUUUCCAAGUCGGAAGGAAAUAUCUUGGAAGAUGAAACAGCCAUUAAAAUCCUCUCUUCUUCCAAGGAGUUGUCUGAAGAAAUCUCUGAAAAGCAAGAAAUUGCUACUAUCACUGAAAUGGAAAUAGAUUCUACCCGAAUGGGAUACAAGCCUGUGGCUGUUCAUUCAGCGACAGUUUUCUUCUGCAUUUCUGAUCUGGCUAAUAUUGAGCCAAUGUAUCAAUACUCCUUGAUAUGGUUUAUUAACCUCUAUGUGCAGUCUCUUGCGAAUAGCAGGAAGAGCGAUGUUUUGGAUGAAAGAAUUGAAAACAUAAUCGAGCAUUUCACAGUCAGCAUCUACAAUAAUGUCUGCCGAUCUCUGUUUGAGAAGGACAAGCUUCUUUUCUCCCUCCUUUUGACUGUAGGGAUCAUGAAAGGGAGGGAUGAGAUAGAUGAUGAAGUCUGGCGUUUCUUACUGACAGGAGGGGUUGCUCUCGAGAACCCGUAUCCCAACCCUGCCUCAGAGUGGCUGACUGACAAAUCAUGGGCUGAGAUCGUGCGUGCAUCAGGGCUGAAAAACUUGCAUGGGCUGAUGGAUCACGUUGAGUCCAACGUCCUGCGGUGGAAACUGAUUUACGACUCUGCCAAACCUCACGAAGAAGAGUUUCCAGAUGAGUGGAAACUGGUCACGGGUCUUGAUCGCAUGGUCAUCCUCCGAUGUCUGAGACCAGAUAAAAUUAUCCCAGCCACCCAGCAGUUCAUCUCAGAAAACAUGGGGAAGACGUAUAUUGAACCUCCAACAUUUGAUCUUGUUGGAAGUUACAAUGAUUCUAAUUGCUGUGCACCUCUGAUUUUCGUAUUAUCUCCAGGAGCUGACCCCAUGGCAGGCCUGCUGAAGUUUGCUGAAGAUCUUGGCAUGGAAAGCAUUCAGACUAUUUCGCUUGGGCAAGGGCAAGGCCCCAUCGCAGCCAAGAUGAUUAAUCAGGCUAUUGUGGGUGGAACUUGGGUCGUCUUACAGAACUGCCAUCUUGCAACCAGCUGGAUGCCUGCUUUGGAAAAAAUCUGCGAAGAAGUCAUCGUGCCUGAGAAUACCCAUGUCAAAUUCAGAUUGUGGCUAACGAGUUAUCCAUCAGAGAAGUUUCCUGUUAGCAUUCUCCAGAAUGGCAUAAAAAUGACCAACGAGCCACCUAAGGGAGUGAGAGCGAAUCUCCUUCGAUCCUACCUCAACGACCCAAUUUCUGACCUCACGUUCUUUAACAGUUGUGAAAAGAAAGAAGUAUGGCAGAAGUUGCUGUUUGGUCUUUGCUUUUUCCAUGCUCUUGUACAAGAAAGAAGGAACUUUGGUCCUUUGGGUUGGAACAUUCCAUACGAAUUCAAUGAAUCCGAUCUUAGAAUCAGUAUGCGGCAGAUCCAGAUGUUUCUGAAUGAAUAUGAAGAAACGCCAUUUGAAGCUCUAACAUAUCUUACAGGGGAAUGCAACUAUGGUGGGAGAGUGACGGAUGACAAGGACAGGCGUCUCCUCCUCUCCCUGCUUUCCAUUGUAUAUUGUAAAGAGGUAGAAACCCAGGAAAACUAUAGACUUUCCCCAGGAGGGGAAUAUUACGUACCACCCUUUGGGACGUACCAGUCUUACAUAGAGUAUUUGAGAAGUCUGCCGAUUAUAACCCACCCUGAAGUCUUUGGGCUCCAUGAGAAUGCAGAUAUUACGAAGGACAACCAAGAGACCAACCUGCUUUUCAGUGGCGUCCUGUUGACUCUGCCUCGCCAGGCAGGGGGUGGUGGCAAAUCCCCACAGGAAACUGUUGACGAAUUGGCACAGGACAUCCUCUCCAAGUUACCACAAGAUUUUGACCUAGAAAGCGUGAUGGAAAUGUACCCAGUGCUUUACAGGGAGUCCAUGAACACUGUUCUUAGGCAAGAGCUCAUCAGAUUCAACAGGCUUACAGAAAUUAUACGAAGCAGCCUUAUCAACCUAGGCAAGGCCAUCAAAGGGCUGGUGUUGAUGUCUUCAGAACUAGAGGACGUCUUCAACAGCAUGCUGGUGGGCAAAGUGCCUGGCAUGUGGGCAGCCAAAUCCUACCCAUCUUUGAAGCCUCUGGGGAGUUAUGUGUCUGACCUUCUCAUGCGACUACUCUUCUUCCAGGACUGGAUCAAGCACGGACCCCCAAAUGUGUUUUGGUUAUCUGGUUUCUACUUUACUCAGUCUUUCUUGACGGGUGUUUCACAGAACUAUGCCAGAAAAUAUACCAUCCCAAUAGAUCACAUUGGAUUUGAAUUUGAGAUGAUGAGACAGGAGCACAAUAUGGAUAGAAAGCCCGGAGAUGGAGCCUACGUGAAAGGGCUUUUUUUGGAAGGUGCCCGGUGGGACAGGGAAACCAUGCAGAUCACAGACUCUUUCCCCAAAAUCCUUUAUGAUUCCCUGCCCAUUAUUUGGCUGAAACCUGGAGAGAGUGCCAAAUUUCUGCACCAAUGGAUCUACUUGUGUCCCGUUUACAAAACCAGCGCCCGGAGAGGGACCCUGUCCACCACUGGACACUCCACCAAUUAUGUCCUCUCGAUUGAGCUCCCUUCUGUUUUUCCUCAGAAACACUGGAUAAAUCGGGGUGUAGCGGCACUUUGCCAGCUAGAUGACUGAAACUGUUUAUAUUAAUGCUAUAUGCCAGCACUUUCCAAUUAAAGAUAUAUACCUUCUGCAACUAGCACCAUUUUUUAAAAAAAAAAGCCUUUAGAUGCUUCCAGAUGAAGGGA